AUGAGUGGACAAUAUACAGAAAGUAUAGCGAAAAGUCCAAAAAUUGCACCCGUACAUAAAAUAGCUGUAGUGAAAACCGUACCUAAAGUUGAAACAAAUAAAUUCACCGCAGUAUCUUUUACUGGACAAGAAAACAAGUAUAAUAAAGAUAUAUAUCCUAAAGGACUGACAGAAGAUAUGAAAGAUAUACUAAAAGAUACAAAAAGUGAUAAUAGACAUACGGUUAUACUGAACAAGACCUUUACCCCAGAUGCGUCAACCGUUUUAUAUGACAGUAUAUUUUGGGGACCUCAAAUUGAAGAUGCCAUGCCUCAAGGUUAUGGUGAAGGAUCAGCAAAGAUCUGGGAACAGUAUAUCAAUGAUGCAGAGGUUGUUAAAAUGGAGGCUGGAUGUGGUAGGAUGCAGAACCGUCUAGUUACUUUUAAAGAUGGUCUCCAAGCUUGUGUCAGAUACAGGCAAAAUACAGAUCAAAUCCAAGGAGAGAUAUUUAGUUUCUACGUAGGAAGGUUGCUGAAUUUGACGAAUCUAGCCCCAUCUGUAGUGAGAAUAGUUGAUUUAAAGGAUAAACUUUGGAAAAACGUAGCUAAUGACAUCGCUGCAGCACAAUGGGGAUCAAAUAGAGCUGUAGUUUUGACACAAUACAUACCGAGCUUAGAAUCAGCAUCCAUUCCUGAUAUUUUCCGCCCGACAACAAGACAUUUGAAUAAGUAUGAUAUACUAAAAAUGUCAUUGAAAGAGAAUGACACUGAAAGCAAGCACAUUUUGAUAGACAAACUUCGAUUUAAGGAUAUAAAAUCAAAAUCUGAGAUGAAGAACUUCACCUAUAUCAACGUGAAGCUGAACAAAAAGACGAUUGACAAGUUUUUGGAACUAGCUCAGUGGUCGGAUUUGAUCAUAUUUGAUUAUUUAACAGCUAAUUUGGAUAGGAUAGUUAAUAACUUAUUUAACUAUCAGUGGAACGUGAACAUUAUGGAUGGGCCAGCUCACAAUCUGGCUAAGAAAAUGGACAGUGGACUUCUAAUCUUUUUGGACAAUGAAUCGGGACUUUUACACGGCUAUAGACUUUUGAAAAAAUACAAUGUGUAUCACAGUUUGAUGUUGGAUAAUCUGUGUGUGUUUAGGAAAAGAACUAUAGACUCUCUACAGAAGCUAUUUACGUCGAAAUCUGUGGGUUCCUUAUUGAGUGAUAUGUUCCACAAGAAGAACUCAAUUGUUAUAAGAGACAUUCUACCUUCUUUGCCGGAGAAGAAUGCGAAAAUUUUAAUCGAGAGAAUAGGUUCGAAACCUGGGUUGAACAAGCAAUUAACUAACACUACAGUACUAAAUUAA